AUGCAUUUCUCAAUAAAGAAAUCAAAAAGAUUUUUUCUUAAAAUAACUCGUGACAAACGAAAUGUGUACAUUCGAGCAGAAGAGUCUUAUCAAAACAAUUUAAAUAAGUAUCAAAACAUUUGUAAAGGAAAAAAGACAGUUUCUGUUAUAAACCCAGAUGUGGUAAAGUUAUACGUCGAUGUAAAACAAGAAAAAUUAAAUGAUGUAACCAAGUUAUUAAUCAAACAUUUUGGAGAGAACUGGGAAGAACAUAUAAAUUUAUUGUAUUUUAAACAAGUGUUAUCAAGACCUAAACCAUCUAUUGCUCAUGCUCAUGAACACGAUGAUGAACAAUGUGAGUUCACUGAAGAAUUACCAGCUAUAUUUGUUUAA